AUGACAUUUGCCAGUAAAUGGAUGAAGCUGGUGCAAGGAACCAAAGGCCAAUCCUUCCUGUUUCAUUCAUCACUUAAGAAUCACACCAGAUCUCAUGCUGGAAACAAACCCUAUCAGUGUAAGGAAUGUGGGAAAGCCUUCCAUUUUCUUUCUUGUUUUAAGAAGCAUAUGAAAACUCCUACUGAAGAAAAACCAUAUGAAUGUAAGGAAUGUAUAAAGGCUUUCAGUUGUUCCUCCAUGUUCAGAGCACAUAUGAAAAUUCAUAGUGAAAAGGCAAACUAUGAAUGUAAGGAAUGUGGGAAAACCUUCAGUAGCUCUUCAUACCUCACAGAACACAAAAGAAUUCACAGUGGAGAUAAGCCCUAUGAAUGUAAGGAAUGUGGAAAGGCCUUUAGUUGUUCCUCAUCACUCUCCAAACACAAAAGAAUUCAUAGUGGAGAUAAGCCGUAUGAAUGUAAGGAAUGUGGGAAGGCCUUUACCUCUUCCUCUCAUCUUAUAAUACAUAUAAGAAUUCACACAGGAGAGAAGCCUUAUGAAUGUAAAGAAUGUGGGAAGGCCUUCAGUGAAUCCUCAAAACUCACUGUACAUGUGAGGACACACACCGGAGAGAAACCCUAUAAAUGUAAGGAAUGUGGGAAAGCCUACAAUUGUCCCUCCUCCUUAAGUAUCCACAUGAGAAAACACACUGGAGAGAAACCUUAUGAAUGUCUGGAAUGUGGAAAAGCCUUCUAUCUUCCCACUUCCCUGAACACACAUGUGAAAAAUCAAAGUAGAGAGAAACCCUAUGAAUGUAAGGAAUGUGGGAAGGCCUUCAGUUGUCCCUCAUCCUUUAAAGCACACAUGAGAGAUCACAAUGGUAAGGUGCAAUAUGAAUGUAAGGAGUGUGGGAAGGCCUUUAGUCGUUCCUCAUCCCUCACUGAACACCUAAGAACUCACAGUGGAGAAAAGCCUUAUGAGUGUAAGGAAUGUGGGAAAGCUUUCAUUAGUUCUUCCCAUCUUACAGUACAUAGAAGAACUCACACUGGAGAGAAACCUUAUGAAUGUAAAAAAUGUGGGAAAGCCUUUAUUUAUUUCUCAGCCCUUAGUAUCCACAUGAGAACCCACACUGGGGAAAAACCCUAUGAAUGUAAGGAAUGUGGGAAGGCAUUUCGACAUUCUUCAUACCUUACUGUACAUGCAAGAAUGCACACUGGAGAAAAACCCUUUGAAUGUCUGGAGUGUGGAAAAGCUUUCAGUUGUCCCUCAUCCUUUCGGAGACAUGUGAGAAGCCAUACUGGAGAGAAACCAUAUGAAUGUAAGGAAUGUGGGAAAGCCUUUAUUUGUCCAGCCUACUUUCGAAGACACGUGAAAAUUCACACAAGGGACAACAUAUAAAUGUAAGGAGUAAGGGAAUCUCUGCAAGGCUUUUUCUGAACUAAUGGAAUUUUUGAAGUCUCAUUUUGUGAAGUUUCAUACAGUAGUGACACUAUAAAUGUGAG